UCAUAUAGUUUGGGGUCUUGCAUGUAGGAUAGGAAAUUUGGCACAGGCAAUUUAUUCUAUAGUUUUUGCAAACUCUUUAAAUAAUAAAUAUGUCUUGGUUAUUUGGUGUCAAGAAAGACCCGGUUCCGGCCGAAUUUUCACAAUUACCUCAGCUUCCCGAUGGGUUGACUUUACCCGGUGGAGCAGGGGGUAGCGAUGAUGGCAAAAAAGGAGGCGGAGAUGAGGCGAAGAAAGUCGCCGGUAGCUGGUCAAACUUUGAUCCAACCGGCCUAGAGCGUGCAGCUAAGGCAGCCAAAGAACUAGAUAGGUCAGCAAAUGCUAAGGGAGCACUUGAUUUGGCAAAAAUGCAGGAACAGUCAACACAGCUUGAAAAACAAGGAAAGAUUAAGGAAUACGAGACUGCCAUCGAGCAAUUUAAGAUAGACCAGAUACGUGUCCAACAAGAAGAGAAGCGUAAAACACUCGGUCAGGAGACGCAGCAACAUCAACAGAGGGCACAGUACCAGGAUCAACUCGCUAGGAAACGGUACGAUGACCAGUUAGUUCAACAGAAAAGAAUGAAUGAUGAAAACUUAGCCCGUCAGGAGGAGUCUGUUAAGAAACAAGAGAGUAUGCGACGAUCAACAAUAGAAUAUGAGGCAGAACUAAGGCAUAAAAAUGAGAUGACAAAGCUAGAAGCCGAAUUGCGAGGAAAAGCUAAGAUUGAGCGAGAAAACAAAGAUAUACGGGCUGACCAGAUUCGCUUGAAGGCCUCAGAACACCGUGAAACUGUUCUGCAGAGCCUCAAAACUGCUGGUACAAUCAUUGGUGAUGGAUUUAAGGGAUUUAUUUCAGAUUGGGAUAAGGUGUCAGCAACUGCAGCUGGUUUAACACUGCUGGCAUUUGGUAUUUACUCGGCCAAGAUGGGAACCGGUGUUGCUGCACGCUACAUUGAGGCUAGGCUUGGCAAACCCUCAUUGGUACGGGAAACCUCACGGAUCAACUUUCUUCAGGGAUUGCGGCAUCCCAUUCUUGUUGGAAAACGACUCUUCACAAAAGCUGAGGAUGCACUUCAAGGUGUGGUUCUUAAACCCUUGCUUGAAGAGAAACUUAGAGAAAUUGCUAUAGCAACAAGAAACACAAAAGCAAACAAAGGAUUGUAUAGGAAUAUAUUAAUGCAUGGUCCGCCAGGAACAGGAAAAACAUUAUUUGCCAAGAAAUUGGCGCUGACCUCAGGAAUGGACUAUGCUAUUAUGACCGGAGGUGAUGUCGCCCCAAUGGGACGAGAAGGUGUGACAGCUAUGCAUAAAGUGUUUGACUGGGCAUCAACGAGUCGACGAGGAGUGCUUUUAUUUGUAGAUGAGGCUGAUGCAUUUCUUAGGAAAAGAAGUAUGGAGGUUAUUAGUGAAGAUUUACGAGCGACGUUAAAUGCGUUCCUUUACCGAACAGGAGAACAAUCAAAUAAAUUUAUGUUAGUACUAGCAAGUAAUCAGCCUGAGCAGUUUGACUGGGCAAUAAAUGACAGAUUAGAUGAAAUGGUUGAAUUCCGAUUACCAGACCUAGAGGAACGUGAGCGCAUGGUUCGACUCUACUUUGAUCGCUUUGUACUGAAGCCUGCGUCCGAGGGUAAAAAACGAUUGAAACUUGGUGAAAUGGAUUUUGGUGCUAAGUGUUCAGAGAUUGCUAAAGUGACGAGGGGACUUUCUGGCCGUGAGAUUUCCAAGCUUGCUGUUGCUUGGCAGGCCAGUGGUUUUGCAGCGGAGAAUGGCAUGUUAACGUCAGAGAUGAUAGACAUGAGAGUUGAGGAAGCAGUAAAACAGCAUGCCCAGAAGGUGGAAUGGCACGACAGUGAAGAAGCAAAAUGGGAAAAGAUUCGAGAGACCAAAGCCUAGAAUGCCAAGGCAAAAAAGUAUGAUUUAUGUAAUUGGCAACAUCUAGUAGGUCACUAUAAGAGGGAGGUGAGAGAAAAAUGUUGUAGAAAAGCAACAGAGUAUGUUAUAACAGAGUAUUCCUCUUUCUGUGUGGUGCUAACUAUAAAUGAUUAUCAGGUCUGUAGAGAUUUUGAGCAACAGCCAUCUAGUGAAGGUCAUCUGUUAGUAGUCAUCACCGUUUAAUGCUUGCCAUCGGGUGAGGUUCAUCAAUUGGUGAUGUUUGCCAUUUGGUAAAGUUACUCUGGUGCAGUUAAUCAUCUGGAAAUGUUUUUCCUCUAGUUAUGUGUGCCAUCUGAAUAGGUUCAUCAUCUGGUUUGGGUCAUCAUCUGGUGAUGUGUGCCAUCUAUCAUCAGUCUUAAAUCCUAAUCUUGUGAUGUCACAACUGAUAAUUGUCAUCGGGUUGGUUCAUCAUCAGAUGAUUGUUGCCACCCAUAAGGGACAUUGUCUGGAAAAGCUUUCCAUCACUGUGGUUCAGAUUAAUCUUAGUUCUAAUCUUAGAACUAAUAGAAACUGAAAUCUGAACCAAACUCUAUCAAGACUCAGUAUGUGAUUGAAUGAUGUCACUCUUGAUUCCAAUUCAAAUAUAGAAUCACUGUGACUGAUAGAUUAUUAAUUAUUAUGCAUAACUUUGUGCAAUAUUGAAGGUAAAAUUUUAUCGCAAGAUUGUCAAAGGGGUCAGAAUAAAUGAAAUCCUAUGGAAACUUAAUAUGUUAGUUUUUAUUUAAAGAAGUUAAUUUUAAUGUAUGAAUGGUUUGUUAUUUAUAACAAUAGGAUUGUGAUCAGUAGUGGGUCAAGUAUUGGCAUCAGGAGGUGGUAUAAGCUGUACUACAGGGCAAUUGACUAACAAUCGCCUGCGAUGUCCAGGGGCACACGAAUGGGGAAUGUAGACAGCAUGAAAUUCAUACAUAUCAAGGAAAUAGUCCACCUUAUGAUGGAGUAUAGGAUUUUCUCACAUGCGUUUGUGUGGUUUGCCCUUAGUUGUAGGAGUGUUUUUUGGUGUGAAUCCCACCAAGGAUAAACCGCUAAGUUCAAAGACUUUGAUUCCAGUGGGGUUCUUCAAGUGUUGAUGAUAAAAAGAAAAAAUAUAUAUACACCAUCAUUUUAUGUGUUAUUUCCACGCUAAAUUCAUAUACAGUAUUUGUGUGUUCCCAUAGAUAAAGAGUACUGUACAUUACAUAGGGUCUAUAGUGAGUAUCUAACAUGCUGGAAUUUAGUGAAGUUUAUUCCUCAUUAAAAUUACUGUACAAGGAACUUAUAAAAUU